CCAUGAUGGAUAUGGUCCGGGUUGCUACGUGGCUCUGGAAGGGGAGGGGCUCUGCGUAUCCGAGCGUUCCUAUUGGCUCCAGAGUCUGCACGGUGGAGAGGGGGUACCUCUAAUCAUAUCCAGCAUGUUUUGCACAAGAAAUGUCAACCAGAAAGGGCUAUCUUCUCCCCUCGCCAAAAUACACCACAAUAAUGGCAUGCUCGGACAGCCCCGCAGGAAACGCGUUUUUUGUGGAUUCUCUGAUCAGCGGCCGGACCGAGGGUGGAGGGGGACACUACUACCCGGGCAGCAGCGUGUGUCUGCCCCAUAACGCCGCAUCAGAGGUGUCUUACGGGCUACAGAACUGUGGAUACUUCCCAGGUAUAGGCAAGCGGAGCGACGCAGGUCCCCAAAACAUGAUGUCUGCCGCGUCAGGCGCGUAUAUGUCAGGCAUGGAGAUGUGGAUGGACGCGCAGAGGUCGUGCCGAAUGGACCAGCAACAAACUGUGGGUCCCCAGGUCGCGCCCUGCUCGUUCCCGCCGAGCAUUAAGGAGGAGAGCGCGUACUGUCUCUACGAGCCGCAGAAGUGCCCCAAAGCCUCGACCGCCGAAGACCUGACAUACUCCAGGCUAACCACGACAGGCCCAGGCUCGUGCACAGUCACCGACGGCGGCGGUGGUGGGGGUACUGUACCAGUGCCUGGCUACUUCCGCUUGUCUCAGAUGCACGCACACUCUCAUAAAGUUUACCACGGCGCCCAAUCGAACCCCUCUCAUUCUCACUUUGGCCUACACCCCCCUGCACAUACUCGCUUCCACACCCCGAUCCCCCCACCGUCCUCAGCCUUAGCCUGUUCAGCCACGGCGGCUUACAAGAGAAGAGACACCGAGGAGGUUCUGUCUUCCGGUACCGCGUCCCAGCCCCAGCAGACGCACGCCCCACUGGGGGACGAGGAGGCACGAGCGUCCUCCGACGCGGAACCUUCAUCUCCCGAGGAAGCUGAAGAGGAGCUCGAGAAGGAGAAGCCAGCGAAAACACCUAAAGGAGACACAGAAAGCGAAUGCACGGCCAACUGGCUAACAGCAAAAAGCGGACGGAAGAAACGUUGCCCAUACACCAAGCACCAAACACUGGAGCUCGAGAAGGAGUUCCUCUACAACAUGUACCUGACUCGCGAGCGUCGCCUAGAGAUCAGUAGGAGCGUGCACCUGACGGACAGGCAGGUCAAAAUAUGGUUCCAGAAUCGCAGAAUGAAACUGAAGAAAAUGACACGGGAAAACAGGAUUCGUGAGCUCACGUCAAAUUUUGGUUUCUCGUGAUAACUUUGAAUGUUUUCAAUAAGCUUUGUAUUGAACUAGCUUUAGUUAAAAUGCAAGAUGUAAAGGGCACAUCUUUAAUAGGCCUACAUAAAAACAUUGUCUUUGCAUCGUCCUAUAUAAGCUACUGGUAAAACGUGAAUGUUAUUGGGUUUUCUCUUUUUCUUUAUUUUUUCUUAAUUGUUCGUUGAUUCGGUUCUGUUGCUGUCACUUGUUGGGAUAGGUGUGUUGAGUAAAACAAUGGAAGGAAUUUGCUUUGGGUCUUAUAGGAUUGUAGCCUACUUAAAAAUAAAUAUUGAGAUGUAAAUUUAUAUUGCAUAUAUGUGGGGAGUUUCCUUUACAUUUAUACUGCAUGAAACAACAUGAUUCAAAUCCAUCUUUUCCUGCAUUUUGCAAUGUGGAUCACACUAAAAUGUAAGGCCUGUAGGGAAUAAGAUGAGUCGCCCUGUAAAUGUAUUCUUCCGAUGUAAUGUAUGGAGAUAUUAUGAUGAGCUGAUUGUAAGUGUACAUAGAACAAGAUACAUUUGAUCUACUUUAGGAUAAUAUUGUUGUGCAGACUCGAACUAAGGGAAAUGUAGGCUACGUGAGCAGUCUACGUUGUGAAAUAGUUUUUGUUGUGUAUAUCAUUAUGUACAUAUGAGGUUGUGUUUUCGUGUAUUGCGUAAUAAAUUAUCAGUU